UAAAGCUGAACCGACGAGCUAAGAACGAGCCAGUUGCACUCGGCAGGUUGGUCCGUUUACACCAGCUGUUGCUAACAAUAACCGAACAGAUUCAACACUAUAGAGUAGAGAUCGCGUUAAAGAGACCUUGUGGUGAAUUGGCUUAGUCCCAGUGAAACACUUUCACCAAUCAAAAACCCGUAGUGAAUCAGUGCGAUUUUGUUCGUUCUUCGUUAAAUUCAAUUAAAAAGAAAAUGCAGCAAACGAAUUAUAUAAUUAUCUUGGUUCUGACCAUAUUCAACCUUGGAAUCGCAUUAAAAGUUUCACCAAAAGUAAAAUGUACGCCGGACACGAUGCGGGUGGAAAUUCCAAUCGAAAAAACAACCGGAUUGGUUUACCUGCAAGGAUUAAAAGAUUAUCCGGAUCAAGCUUGUCGACCAAAAACGGAUCCGAAAGAUCUCUCGUUGGCGAUACUAGAAUUAAAUUUGACGGACGUCUACAGAUGUGCUAUAACACGAGUCACGAACAAGAUAACGGGAAAUCAAAUUUACUAUCACACGGUCGUCGUUGAGGAUUCCGUAUUAGGACCGGAAAUCGUGCAUGUGAAGUGCUCUACCAUAGUGGAGAGAAACCACACAGUCUACAAACGCAACGUCUUCCCGGCAGGAUUCCAAGAGCCCGACGACAUCUCAAAUAUAACCGAUUUUAUAACAGCGAGAGCGCCAGCGCCUAAACUGGGAGUUGGUGUUAGACAAGGAGGUAAACUAGUAACGGGAGAGUUGAAUGUAUCUCCUGGAACUCAACUGAAAAUGGAGAUCUUCCUAGAUCAAGAAUCCGCUCCUAUCUAUGGUAUUUUGGUGAAUAACAUGCAGGUUACCGAUACAAAGACUCAAGAGGAAAUGAUUAUUACCAAUGGAUGUGCUGUUGACCCUUACCUUUUCGGAAACUUUAACACCACCGAUGGAGAUUUCUUACAAGCGGAAUUCCGAGCUUUUAAAUUUCCUGAUUCAACAUACGUCCAAUUUAAAGGAACAGUAAAUGUUUGUUUGGAUAUGUGUAUUGGCGUUGGUUGUCGUGAUGAAACCAUUGGUUAUGGAAGACGUAAAAGAGCGAUUCCCGAAUUACCAGCAGAUCCGAAUAAGAUUUUUGAAAUUUCCAUAACAUCUUUCAUAAAAGUAAAGGAUGAAAAGGGGGAAUUCGAAGAGAUCGUAAAAGAACAAGAAAAAAUUUAUAGUGAUAAAAAAUUGAUAGCCGGAAGUCAACUUAAAGAGAAAAAAUUUAUAACAUCGGAUCCCGCUAAUUUUAAAUUGGAAAAAAUCAGCGAGGAAGAACAAGAAUACAUUAUUCAAAGCUCAACUACAAGAAGUUGUAACAUUUCAUUUUCACUUCUUGCUAUAGCGACAAUUUUGAUUAACAGAUUAUUCCUAUAGAUACAACGACUAGCAAAAGGUGAAUGUGAAAGAAAGAAUGUUUAAAAGACAAUUUGCGGUGCAGAAAAAUAACAAAAAAAAGCGAUUUAUCCUUGAUUUACAACGAACGAUAACGAUUUUAAUUUUGUUUUCUUAUUGAAUUUUAAUGCUUAAGGAUGACUGUGAUACUUACGAUGUUAUUAAAACAAAAAUACUACCUUUUGUAUUAAUUUUCGGACUCUGCACAUAAACACAACAUUAUAUUUUUAGCCGACCUUUAUAGCAUAAGAUUUUUUUUCCUUAACAAAAAAAUUAAUCAUAAAAAUAACUGCCAGCUUUAAAUUAAUUAAUUUUAAAAUGAUAAUUUUGAUAAAUCGUUAAAAAAAAUUAAAAAUAAAAAUAAAAUACCAUUAAAAUAACUCUAUUAGUAAUUUGUAAAGUAAAUAUUCAUUUUUGAUUUGUAAGGUGAGUUGGCGUGAAUAAUUCGGGCGAAAAUUUUAUUGUUGAACACAUUUGUAGUUAAUAAACUUAAUUUAGAAUUCAUGAUAUUCACUUUUGCAUUGAAUUGGAAAUAAAUAAAAUUAAACCGACGGUAAAUAAAUUAUAAUAGAUGAAAAUUAAAUAAAUAAUACCUUCCUCGUUUAUGGAAUAGACAGCGUAAUAAUUAUCGGGAAUUUAAUUAUAUAAUAUUCGCGUUAAUUAUUUCACCGAUUUUUUCAUGCUAACUAAACCAUAGAAUUAAGUAAAACGAUCAAUCAAUAUCGACGUAUUUCUGUAAAUAAUUCUAUACAAAAAAAAUCUUCUGUUCAAGUAAAACUGUUCGCACAAUUUACCACAUUCCAGAAUUAAAUCGAAGAAAGAUAUAAAUCAACACGAACUGUAAAAAAAGACCUACUCAUCAGAACAUUAUUCGUUCAAUAACGUGUGUGUCACUUACUAGAAGUCUUCCGAGUGUAAAAAAGAAAUCUCGCUCUUGACACGAAGGUCUUUGUUCCUGAAAAGCGAGAUCAUCGCGGGACGAUUGAAUUAUUGAGAAACGUCUGCAGUAAUAUUUCUCUUCGUUCCGUUUUAUCUCCCUCUUCGGGAUUUUUUUUCGAUGAGUGUAACACCUUUUGGAAAUCUUCUCGUUUUGGAAUUAUAUUACGAUGAUGGCGUUUGUGAACGUUUGCGAAAAUCGAACGUGAUGAUGUGACACAAUCAUUCACUCGAUGGGAUCUUUUUGAUUCGUUCGUGUUAUUGUCGUGUAUGAUACGUUUUUAUAACUAGUCUGUAUUAAUUCAAUAAAAAGUAUUAAUAAAAAUGA